AUCAAAAAUGAAAGGAGUGGCGGUUGUUAUGGUGGCCAUGAUGGCCAUGGCUCUCAUGGUAGCCCCAAAUGAAGCAAUAACUUGUAGUGAUCUUUCCAGUAUGUUGUCGCCAUGCCUGAACUAUUUAAAAUCCGGUGGCUCACCGCCGCAGGCGUGUUGCGCCGGAGCUAGGAGGGUUCAGGCCGCCACCAGAAGCCAAGCGGAUAGGCGGACGGUCUGUAAUUGUGCUAAGAGCGCCGCCGCACAGAUGAAAAUCAGGCCGGACGCCGCCAGUAGUUUGCCGGGGAAGUGUAGAAUCGCAACCAGUAUUCCGAUCAAUCCUAACGUCAACUGUAACACGAUUCCUUGAGAUGGGUGGUCGGAGAUGGAUAAUGGCGGGAGGAGCUACGGCGGAGGUGUCGCCGGAAUAAUUAAAUAAGCGAUAGUUUGUUUGUUUAGGGUGUUGUACGGUUUGUGGCCCAUGACUUAUGUGGACUUUGCCAUAUAUUAAAUAAAUCAUAAAUAAAAUACACUUUUCUUCGUUA